CCAAUACCACCUAUAGUAAAAGGCCUGAGCGCUGUUUUGUGACGUCAUCACUAAUAGAUAGUAUGUACUCCGAUAACACUAUAGAAAUGAAUGAAAUAUUAAUGCACUAGAACGAAAUAAAUACUGAGAACAUUUUAUUUUGCGUUUUGAAUCACAUUCUGAUACUUAAUAAUCAAUUUGAGAUCAAGAGGGAAUGAUUUGAAUGGAAAAAUAAGUAAAUAUAAGCUCAUAAUCAACACUGUUUUUAUCAUUAAAGAUGAGAACUACACUCGUUUAUGAUCUAAUUUCUAAAAGAAUAUCAAGAAAAACUCUGGAGGAUGACAGCUGACAAUGAGGAAUAUAGCAAAGAAGUACAACACAUACAAAUUAUUGUAAAUAUUACCGAAUAUACGCGAACAUAAUCUCCAACUCAAAGACUAAGGUAUACGAAACGAUCACCAAACAUUGCAUACAUGACGGAGAUUUCUCUCGAAAUUCUUUGCAAACAUUGUAUUUAUGCCUGUUGAAAUCCAUCCUAAGUAUUUUGGAAUUUAAAGCUGCUUCAAUUGGUUUGAGAUACUGAUGAUUUCUAGUUUAAUAUCCAUUAUCCAUCAUAGCAGCUUUAGCAUGGCUGGUCUAAGAAGUAGAUUUGAAAAUUAAAAUGUAUUGUAGAUUUUUCUCCAACUUGAUGCGAUUGCAUUGUUCACUAACUACUUAUUUCAUUACAACAUCAUUCCGGUACAACACACUAGUACACAUUAAUUUUCAUUUUAAUCUACAGUUUACAUCACUAUUCAUUCAAAUUACACAACACAAACGAGUCGCAAAAAAUUCAUUUUUGUACACAAAUCAAAUAAACCAACACCAUCUGUAAUUGAAAACAUCAGUACCACAUUACUAGAACACAUUUUAUGACAAAUAUUAAUUGAAUUUCAUAAUUUAAUUAACUUUUUUAACGAAAGUUUUACUCAAUUUCACGAAUUCGCCAUUUAAACAUACGUUAAAAUUCAAAUGGUAAACACAAUCGAGUCAUCUACUUGUGGUGACGUCAGAGCUGAUAAGGAUUCAGCGCUCAGGCCUUUUACUAUAGGUGGUAUUGGAUCACCACUCGUUCAGUCGUUCGCCCGUUCGAGAGUCGAGACUCGAAAAUAACUCGAAAGAAUCUUUUGAGAAGGAUGAGAACGACUAGGAUACAAAAAAAAAACAAAUUUCAAGAUUGCCAUUUGUUAUUGUUUUUGUCUCAACACUCAACAGUCUACAAUUCCGCUGAAAAUGAAAUGAAUUUGUAAAAUUUGUUUCAUCAGUUAUUACUGUUGCAUAAAGAUGGCAACCAGUCAAGAACAAGUGAGCUCUCUUCCACUGCCGCCUGUUCAAUAUAUCACAUUGUUUAGCGAUGAGAAUAUUCGACGCGGACGUGCUCCAAAACCUCCUCCUCUUAUUCAAGAUACUUACAGUAUGUUUGGAAGAACAUUCAAUGCUGAUGAUUCCAUCAUAAGACCUCUUGAAAGCCAAGGAAUUAAACGCCUAUAUCCUCAACAUUUUGAUCGACGUCGAGAGUUGAAGAAGUUGAAUCAUUCUUUAUUGGUCAACUUUCUGGAUUUGUUAGAUCUUCUGGUGUAUGCCCCUGAAUCUCCCAAACGUCCUGAAAAAGUCGAAGAUAUAAGCAUUUUAUUCAUCCAUAUUCAUCACCUACUCAAUGAAUUUCGUCCUCACCAAGGUAGAGAAACAUUGAGAGUAAUGUUGGAUUUACAAAAAAGGCAACGUAUCGAAACUGCAGUCAGAUUUAGGAAGCAUUUGGACAAAGCUAAUGAAAUAUUGCAACAAGCGUUGGAAAAUCUUCCCGAUUCGGAAUUAGAUUCAAGAAUUUUGGCAACCACCGAUGUUAUGGAUGAAAGUGAUGCCGAGAAAACCGAAGAAGUGGAUAAAUAUGAUAGCUGUACACCGGAAGACCGAUUAAUGUGCCAAAUAUUAGAUUCCAUGGAACUGAAUAAAAAAAAGAAAAGAAACCCGAAAGUUCAGAGCAUUCGUCACGACAAAGGAAAGGGAAGAACUCAUUUUGGCUUUGAAAAUAUAAGCAAUCAUUCUGGCCGCGUUCUAGCGCGUGUUUAGUUGUAGUAUGUGAUAAUGGAUUUUUCGAGUCUUAAUUCUCCUACCUAAUUGAAUUUUGUUAUUCAUAGAUGUGGGGCAAGAUGCCCGUUGUUUGUAUAUUUGAAUAUGUGUAAUGUUAUUUUGUAACUAUUGUAAAAAUUUUGCGUAUUGUAAUUACAGUAUUUGUGAAUCGUA